ACACUUCCCCGGAUAAAGAAAUCUCCGAAAUUCCUUUCGAAAGUUGUCAUGCCCACCCUAUAAAAGGACCCGAUGCAACACUGGACCGCCACAACUCUUUCCAUCCUUGGGUGAUAAAGACAUCGUCCCUGUUUCGGGGGAGUUGCCAUGGACAUCCUGAAGGGUAAGACGAUCGAUCAAGGACUCGAGAGUCCCCAGGAAUUCGCCCACAGGAUCAUGAAGAUGAUCAAUUCGGCGACCAUGACUGUAGCCCUCAGCCUAGGGGUUGAGACAGGCUUACUCAAGAUCAUGGGAGGUUUACAGGAACCUUCGACAAGUUCACAGAUCGCGCAGAUGGCAGGACUCAAAGAAAGGUACGUACGUGAGUGGUUAGGGGCGAUGGUCGUCGGCCGCAUUGUGGAUGUUGACCCAACUGAGAACACGUACUAUGUACCGCCAGAGCGACGUCCCUUUCUGGUGGAUGGCCCAAUGAAUGUCGUCGCCUUCAGUCGACUGAUUCCGAUGUUGUGCGAAGCCUACGAUGACGUUGCCGACUGUUUCCGAAGAGACGGACCCGCAGGUGUGAGCUACAGCAAGUACGGUAAAUUUCACCAGUUUAUGGAUCACAUGUCAAACAUGCUUCACAAUACCACGCUCAUCCCUGACGUUGUACCCUCCAUCCCAGGUCUAAUGCCAAAGCUCGAAUCUGGGUGUGAAUGCCUAGACGUUGGGUGUGGUCGGGGAAGAGCGAUACUUCUUCUCGCACAAAGGUUCCCUCGAAGUAUCUUCUAUGGCAUUGACAUCUCGGAUGAAGCCAUUGCAUUUGCCCGGAACGAGGCCCAGCGACUCAGUCUGUCCAACUGUCACUUCAUCAUCAAAGAUGCUGCGUCACUGCCGGGACAGUGGGUGGAACAAUUCGGGUUCAUCACCUGCUUCGACGCCAUGCACGACAUGGCGCAUCCACGGAUAGUGCUGAACGGGGCCCACCGGGCACUGGCACCCGGCGGUAUCUACUGCAUGCUUGAGCUCAACGUGCACAGUCACCCUUCCAAGAACGUCGGGAACCCGCGAGCCAUCGACGGUUACGUCAUCAGCCUCAUGCAUUGCAUGCCCGUGUCGCUGAGCUUCGAGGAUGGGGCGGGACUGGGCACGAUGUGGGGUCGUGAAAUGGCCGUGAAAAUGCUCGAAGAGGUCGGUUUUACCGACGUCACCAUGACGCCAUCUAAAGAUAAGUUUAAUCUGAUUUACGUCGCUAAAAAGAAAACUGAAUGACUUCAUAAAUUCGAUGGACAUAAACACAGCGGAGGUUGUAAGCAUACUGAAAAUUUGACAUUUCUGAAAGAGAAAUGUAUUCAUUGUUUUUUUUACAGAAUAAACAAACGCAGUGAUUGCUUUACAUCGUAGGACAAGAUACAUUGUGUAUUUCUACAACUUGUAUAGAAUUCCAUUCAUCUUUUUGUACAACAGUAUCACCGACCAUUUUGAUAAUUCUGACUGCAUUUAGCUUUUAUACAGUACAAAAUGUUGUCAGUGUAUCUUUCACGAAUUUCCUUUAGGGCUAAUGAGCACUGCACGGUUAUAUUACACUGGAAUUUAUACAGUUACCGCGGUAUCCUUUUUUUUAAUCGGUUGCAAAUUGACUGGAAUGGAUUACGCAUAUUUUAAGGUGUUGUGACUGGGCGAACGAAUAAUCUUAAUAUAUACGUUUUAUAACGGAAAGAUACAGUGGAUUAAAGAGACUUCUUGGCGGUGCUUAAAGGCAUUUAAGAACUGAGACAAGCUGGGCGUACUGUCCUUUCUUUUGUGAGGUUUAUGAAGAAGUUUUAAUUCGAAAUCUGGAACAUUUUUAAGCACAUUUAAGAUUGUAAAAUUAUGCAGACAGCAUAAUGGUUAUUGGUCUGGCUCGGUUGCUGGCACUAAGGUAUUUAUUAAUUAUAAGUGAGAAUUUAUAUAGAUGUAGUUUGGUCGUUCUUUACGUCAAAGUGUGUAAAAACACAAUGGAACCUACAGACAAUAACAAUGUAGAACCUGUAUACGCCCUUUGGAUGCAAAAUGAUUUGAACCCUGAAGAUUGUAAUCCCGUGAAAACAUUCAAACAUUUCAGUAUACCGUAAAUAAAGUCCAACCCCCGAAAAAAGAGGAGUAUACAGUUAAUGAGUUCAUACAAACGAUGCAUUUUAGAGAAACUUACUUCUAAAUUUUCUUUCAAUUUACAAAUGGGGGCUAUGAAAUUGAAUGGUAAAGGAUUUUUGCAUUUUUAUUGGUUUUGGCACCAAUUACAGCAUUGCUUCGACUUCAAGCGAAAGUUUGUAUUAUUUCUUGACAACGUCAUUACUAAAAUGGCAGUUGAGAAACGGACAUAACCGAUCAGGUUUUACACGAGAGUGCAAAUUAACUGGCACGUUUGGUCAAUCCCUUUGCAGAAGCGUAGGAUUGCUUGAUUUAUUAACAGAUCAUUAUAGCCAUUGGCAUUAGAUUUAUUGUUUCCGAAUUCCAUGGAAUGAUUUCGUAUUUACACCAAGAGGCGUCUGGCAACAUGGAAAGAGCACGGCCCAGUUAAAGCAGGCAUUUGAAAAGAUAGGGAAAAGGCUGUGAUAUUUUCCAAAUUUCUCCUCUACGUAACCGCAACAAGUCUAUUAAUAGAUUUUCUAGAUUCCUAGCUGUCUGCCAUUUGUUUCCAGCUAUGGAAAUGUGGGCAGUUGGAUUGUGGGUCUCGUGUGGGACCGCAGAAUCGGAACAUGCACAUGACAGUGAUUAAGAACAUCCUUCUUGUGUGAUUCCGGAUAACAUGGCUGGCCAGAUCAUGUUGUAAUGCGAGCCGGGAACCAGGCGCGGGUAGGGAAUUGACAGGGGCUGGUCCGUAUUAGAAGAAGGGAAUUGAGUUCAAAUGAGUCACAAUUCAAAAUGUCACAUGACAACCGUUGCCCAGUUUGUGUUCCGGGGAUGUUUUGUGGUUGUGGCAUUUCAGCCGCGGAAAAAUGCUGAAGUGUUCGAACGCUGUAGGAUCACUUGAUUCUUAGGGCCUGGUCCAUAAUAAAGUUUUGAAGAUAGACCACGCCCCACCCUCCCUCUCUGAAAAGGCGGGCCAGUAUUGACCAUCGACGUUUAGUUAUUGCUGUGUGCAAAGGACAAAUAUUAAAUGUCAAACUAAGCGGAGCCAUUAUGCCUAACACGGGAGAAAUAUUUCCUAUCCUAACCCCUUGUUUGUCGGGGGAAGGAGUUGAAAAUUUUAAGUAUAAAGAGUAAUGUUCGAAGCCCCCGUAACCAGUCGUUUGAAAUCGGCCUGCUGCAAAAUUAAUGGGCAUGCCGAUGUAGCUUGUCUUGUUGGGGGAAAAUGAAAUUAACAUCAGCUGGAACAAAUUAUUCGAAACCUGGAGUUAUUUAUAACUUGUAACUUGAAGUUGUUCUCUGAUCCACAUAAUUAUAACCACAUGGAGUAGAUUGGUUGAAUAUGAUUGUGUGUAAAUAUUAUUUCAUUGAUUGGUAAAGCGAUUCUCCUCGCUAAGAGUUAACAAUUGCGGUUUGGGGAAGUGAAAUUUUUAUGUUCUAUUUUUACUGAAAGACAAUCCAUUUUUUUUCUAAUGAAUGGACAUUUGUAGUCAGUUGGACAAAAAGCGUCCCAAAUUGCAUUUCGUAAAAUGAACAAAAUGUAAAUUACAGCAUUGUAUAUAUUACUGUAGAAUUUGCUAAAUGUGUCUAAACAAAUGCUGCUUUUCAAAGUUAUAAUUAUACAGAAAUUGACAAAUUGGCUUGUUGAGCUUCCAGCUAGACGGUUUAAUGAAGGCUUACUCCAAAUGACGCCAGCGGGAGAGGAUGUAAGCAUAACAUUUCUGAAUGAGUAGGAGUGUUUGACGCAAUGAGACACUGAACGGGUCGAGUGCGUGCAAGUUUUAAUGAAUGCAUUUCGCCCGCCCUGGUUGCACCGAUGGGUUCAUUAAGGCCAGAUUUAUGUAAAAACAAACCGGACUUGCUUAUACGUUUGUCUCGUGGUCUGUGCUCGUCGGUUGUGCCAGGAAUGCCAUUUGGCGCCUCGAGGCGCGACUAAGUGGUUAGUUCGUGAUGGAGCGCCAUACUGGAUCACGUUAAUUGUUUCGUUUUUUUGUUUCAUGACGACCGUUCGUUUAUGAGUGCGCUAUUCCGAGAUCAAAAGUAGCGAAUGAGGAAUUGCGGUUCCUUGUCAGGCUAUUAACGAGUCUACCGCCUGACCUCAUAAUAACCACAAACGAAUGAUGGAAGACGCACAUGACCAGACUAAACUUUCCAAACCAACAGAAUGCACAUUCGUCAGAGGAAUCCGUCCCCGGCCAAACACCGAUCUCUGUUUAGACAAAGAAAAAACGGAUAUAGCUAAUUGGAACUCCUCCGUCGGUGAACUGGUUUCCCGACUCCCUUCCAGGUCUGAGAAUGUCAACUUUUGAUCCAGUGAUCGCAUUGAAUAAAGCCACCCUCUGACCUGAGUGAAGUUAAGUUGUAACCGGAGCCUCGCAUGCAUCAGGUCAAAACUGCAACACAACUGACUUGUUGCUUGGAAAACUUACAUUCGAUGAAUUUUUGUGAAAGGACGUGCCCGAGGGCGCGGGAAAUGAGUAUACCUCUUUUUUUAAUGAAACCCCCCCCCCCCGUUAUAUCACGAAAACCCUCAAAGGAAAUCAAGCAAAAAAACAGUCAUUGUUACAAUCUCAGUCGUGUUUAGGCCUAAGACACGAUUGUUCGGCUCUUAGAUAUUCUUGAGGUCAGAUUUGACCGUGCUAUGAAUGCUGGAUCAAAAAUAAAUAUGCUUUUGCUUUGCCUUAUUUAACUCGAUAGAGCUUAAAAUUUUGAAGAAUUCAAGUCACGUUUUUGACAUUUUUCAUGAUUUUUGUAUCUGCGUACUUUGCUUAUAAGCUCCGAAUAAAAUAAGUCCCACUUUGUGCAAAUGUCAAAGAGUUUCAAACCUCCUUUGCAUAAUUUAUAAAGGGACCAAAUUUUUGCAAAGUUGUAUAAAUAACUUAAGUAAGCCAUAUAGCUAAACAACGUACUGUGAAUGAAGUAUAGUAUCUUGAUACUAUGUAAUGUUUGUACAAAACAACUGUAUUAUAAUGAAUAAAGUUACCUUGAAUAAGAUAUGCACAAGUCA